AUGGCUUUAAAUUGUGCAAUGAUUGAUGACCAACGAAACCCCGUCCCUCUUCCUCAUGAAAUGGUCAUAACAAGCGUCGAUUCAGGCGUCGAUCUUACUGUGAAAGUGCCGCCUUCCGUUCCUUCAGGGUCUGGUGGAUCACUGAAGGCUAUGGGCCGACUCUGGGUUACUGAUCAAAGGUUAUUGUUCAUAUCUAAUCCGCAAUCAUCCUUCGAGUCUCUAUCUGUCCCUUUACACUCCAUCCUCUCUACCAGGUUCAUGCAACCUACCUUCGGAGCAAACUACUUUGUCUUCGAAGCUAAGCCUGCACCGGAAGGAGGUCUAACAACUGGAACUGAGGUGGAGGUGCGAUUUAAGGGUCAAGCCAUGUUCCAGUUUGUGGCGCUCCUAGAGAAGGCCAGAGAGAGGGCGAUCUAUAUGAAGCGACAGGCGCUGCAAGAUGAGGACAUCUUGCCGAGGUACGACUCUCCUGCUCAGUCUAGCUCAGCAGGUUUACCCAGCAACGACGCCACGGUCCCGAUGGAGAAUCCACCGGCGUAUGGCGUGUAA